AUGACCGUUCCUAUUUUCCGGGUUGGAUAUACCAAACGGGGCCGAGACCUACACCGCAGUGGCCCUGUAAGGUUCCUCCCCCGUUUCUCAGUUGAGAGGAGGCUGGGAUAUUUGGAAUCAUGUCUUGGUACUGUUACAGACAUCGUCUGCACGAACAAGAUAGUUGCGGUAGUCACAGACCUUGGUAUGGCCGAUUUUUGGGAUCGAAUAACCGGUUGCCAUCUUGGCAGCCUUGCGGAUCACAACACGGAAGUUGUGCGGUCAGCAAGUUACAACAGGACGAACGACACCGUUUUUGUGCUCUGGCAUCCUCGUCACUGCGACAAAGGAUUACGAAUCAGAAUCUUCAAUGCCAGCGAUUUAGCUCGAGGAGUUUUGCAGCCAUGCGCGAAUGUCGGAAAGGAGCUUCAAUCUCUGGUUAUUAAGUAUCCUGGUUUUGUGGAAUUCGAAGAAGCUAAUCUUAGGAUAGUGACAUCUACCACGGAUGACUUUAAGUAUAAAUUCUGGGAUAUGUUAAGUUACAAUGAAUUGUUCAGCGAAUCUAACGCUGCAUACCAAGAAAUCCGCUUGUCAAAAGGAAGGGUGUCUUUUUUCGGCCUCCCAACGAGCUCGGAGCUACCUGUUAGGUUAUGUGACAUUACAGACGGGCGACUCAUAGCUGAGAGGAAAGUGCCUUUAUUACCCGACCGGCCUUUAGAAUCAUUAGAACUGUGUGCGGAUAAUCUGUUAGUGAAGCAGCAGGGGACCCCUCUUCAGACUUUCAAUCUACUAUCUGGAGAACACACAGUCACAGAAGGUAGCGAGACAUUUGAUCCUUUAUCUAUGUCGUUUCUGCGGAUGAAACGCCAAAUUCGAAGCUUGAUGAACUCAGCGAGCAACAAGGCCACUCCCAUGGUGUGCGCUGAACAAGACAAGCUGGACCUUUAUUUUUGCACGGGAUGUGAGACACGGAAAUUUUAUUCAAUCACUCUACCCCGUGAAGUUCAAGGCUCACGGUUACAUAUAUCUUCAACGGAGGCGUUGGCAUUUAUGUACGUUGGCCCAUAUGUGAAAGAUAUUUGCCUACAGAGAACUCAAUUUAGCCCCGAAGUGAGUGUCACUACGUUAGAUUGUUUGAGGCCGGCUGCGUCUAAACCUGGAGGCUGGCUGGGACUGUCCAGUAAACGGGUGGCGUGUGCUUUACCACAUAUCGUCGUCAUUGAUUUGAUAGAUGGUGGAAUAGUGGCUCGGUAUCCGUGUCCCAACAUUCAUGCCGUGGACUGCAUGGCUUACGAUGAGUUCACGACUGAGAUUUUAAUAGCGGGUGGAGGCCGUCUGGUCGCACUUUCUUCCGGCGUUGAGUUGCGCUGA